AUGUCUAGAAUGGACUAGUCAUCACGUUUUAAUCGCAGUGUGUCAAUGAAACAUUAGCGGUAACGCGCGCGUGCAAGCUACACGUUCGUUCGUUCAGCAGCAAUUUUAGUGUUUUGUGACGAAAUUUUUAAGUGAAAUGGCUCCUGUGUCUAACACCGUCGUUGGCAUUGAUGAUGAUCAACGAUUUGCUUUAAUGAAGUUUCGAAGGAGUGUGAAAGAUGUUUUAAAGCCGGAACACAAUGAUCACUUUUUACUAAGAUGGCUUAGAGCUAGACAAUGGAAUCCAGAGGCCGCGGAAAAAAUGCUUAGAGACUCAAUGAAAUGGCGCGAGAAAUGGGGUGUUGAUACAACACUUGCGUCGUGGAAAGCGCCGGAAGUACUAGAGAAUUACUUUCCAAGCGGCAGUACCGGUUUCGACAAAGAAGGUUCACCAGUCAUAAUAGUGCCUUUUGUUGGUCUGGAUAUAUGGGGACUUUUGCAUUCGGUGACACGUACGGACAUAAUACGGAUGGUUUUGCGUCACUUAGAGAACUACCUGGCUAUUGCCAGAAAACAGGCAAUGACACAUGGAUCAGAUGCUCUUAAGGUAACUGUUAUCUUCGAUUUGGAAGGGUUUAGCAUGCGUCAAUAUGCUUGGAAGCCCGCAGCAGAACUAGUAUUUACACUUCUACAGAUAUACGAAGCGAACUAUCCAGAAAUAUUGAAAAUAUGCUAUAUUGUUAACGCGCCAAAGGUUUUUUCAUUAGCUUUUUCCGUAAUCAAGAAAUUCAUUCACGAAUAUACCAUAUCCAAGAUUCGUAUAUAUGGAAGUGAUACCAAGAAAUGGCAAGCGCAAGUCUUGACAAUAGUGGAUAAGGACCAGCUGCCGGAACAUUACGGUGGUACCAUGGUCGAUGAAAAUGGUGAUCCGAGGUGCAGUUCGCUUGUAAAACCUGGAGGCAAAGUACCAAAGAGACUUUACGCAAGAAAUGUAGUCGUUGAAACUGAAAAAGAGUACACUAAAGUUACAGUGAAAACCGGCGAGAAACACGUUGUUGAUUUACUCUGCGCUGACAGUGAAAGCGUUCUGAAGUGGGAAUUCGGCAUUGACAGUCAUGACAUAAAGUUUUCCAUAAAGAGGAAAGAUCAAGAUGGCAACGAGAGUGUGGUACACGGCCCCAGGAAGGUCUCAGAAGGACCGGUGGAUGUGGGAGUUCUGCCAGUCACUGGACCUGCUACAUAUGCCGUAAUAUUUGACAACAAAAGUUCAUUCCUUCGAAACAAGAAAAUAUUCUACGACUUACUAAUAACUGUACCUGCUAGAGAUCUUAAUAUAAACGACAGUCCUGAAGAACCUGGAACUACUGGGAAUGAGGCUUAAUACAGAAGAACCAUGUACAUUAUAUUAAUAAAAAAUAUAUAUUGUCUAUGAUAACGACAACGAUAGUAAAUCUUCCGCUUUAAAAUAUUAAUAAGUUAAAGUACAAGUUUGUUUUUUAGUUUGUGUAUUUUAUGGUAGCCUGGUUGGUUGAGCUGCCACAAAAUUAAAUGUUUACUAUUACAAGUUUUUUAAAGGACGUGCAAAGGUACAAAAAUUAACAUUUAAUAAUAUUAUUAUUUUACAAAAUUAUAACUAUAUAAAAAAUACAUAUAGAAGACUUGUUUAUUGCCUUUUGGCACUUAAGGAAAUAUUUAAUAGCUUUCGCUACAUAAUAUUUUUAGUUUAAUUUAGAGAAGGGUAAAGUAUAUACUGUGAUAGUUACGGGGGUUGUCGAAGUUAAAUAAUUAGCUUAUUGAUAAAUAAAUAUUUGCAAGUGAAAUUACCUUUGUAUUUAUAAAAUAUAAGUCUAUGUUUGUUCAAAUAAAUGUAAUCAACAAUUGUAAUCUUUAUUAAAUUUAUCAAAAAGGAAGGUUUUGUAUUUUAUAAAUUUCUAGAAUAGAUUGUUGUACCUCUUAAAAGGGACAUAUAACAUUUUAUAUUGACAAAAUAUAAUAUUAUGGUAUAGAGAUCAAUAAAACAUGACA